CAUUUCACUCAUACACGCAAACAUACGCUGCCUGGUUCCUGUGUCGAAGCAUCUGUGUAGUGAAUUAUCACUUAUUGUCUGAGGCAGGAGCGAGCUUUCACUCCUUUAUUGAGAGAUAUACUAACUGAUGAUCAGUCCUCCUCCUCAAUGUGUAUGGUCAUAUUUGCUCCGCUUUUUGCUGUUUGUGCAUUUGCAACAUGUGGGGGAUAUUCUGGCCAGAUAACGGUUAAAGUGGAAUGCAUGGAUAAAACCCAAAGAAACAUCAGCAUCAGUUUUGGCUAUCCAUUCAGACUGCAGCAGGUGCACUUCAAUGUUCCACUCUGUGAGGGUAAGAGGUAUGAGACACUCUUUCUCGAGGGAGACUACUCUGCUGCAGCACAAUUCUUUGUUACUGUGUCUGUGUUAGCAUUUCUCUACUCGCUCCUAGCUACAGUAGUCUACAUUUUCUACCAGAACAAGUACAGAGAGAAGAACAGAGGUCCUCUAGUGGAUUUUCUGGUGACUGUGAUAUUCUCAAGUCUGUGGCUUGUGUGCUCAAUAGCCUGGGCUAAAAGUCUCUCUGGAGUAAAGACAGCCACAGAUGUGAGUCUGAUACAGAUGCUAAUGUCUGCCUGUAGAGAUGAGGAGAACUCGUGUGAGACACUAGAGGAGCCUACCUGGACCAGUCUUAACGUAUCAGUGGCUUUUGGCUUUCUGAAUUUCUCCCUGUGGGCUGGUAACAUUUGGUUUGCCUACAAAGAAACAGGCUUACACAAGUCCGGUCAGCGCUACCCUUCCAGAACACCCUCUGAGAAACGCAGCGGUAGCUUUAGGCAGUACAGUCAAAGCAGUUUUGACCAAUCUGGAACAGGCUUUGGACAGAGGCUCUACAGCCAGCCAAGUUUUGACCUAUCAGGUGGAGGACUCAACCUAUUGCAGACCAAUCUGGGACAAACUAAUGUUUACAGACAGAUGGGCAGUCCAACCUCUAGGGGGCCCCUCAUAUUUGUCAAUGAAAGUCAGUGAGGAAAGAGCACAUUGAGUGAUUAUAAUGUAUGAGGGAGAUGGUCAGGAAAGAGAAUAAUAUUCAAUAUAAUAAGGAAAAUAAGAGAAAAUAUAAAAUAUAUUUUAUGUAGUGGAAAAUGACGGAAAAGUAAUGAAUAUGUAAAUUGUAUGGCAAUUGGCAAAAGAGACAGAAAGUCUAAGUGUUUUAUAUAUAUUAGUUUGUGGAUUUUAUAUUUUUGGUUGUAAUCAUUUAAUUAGUAUUUAAUGUUGUUUAAAUAUCAUGGUGUACAAUUUGUGUAAUAAUUGUAUCAAUUUGUAUAAAAAAUAUUUUGUGUAUAAUUGUACAUUAAUAGGAACACCUAUACCACUACUCAUGCAUGCACUGAUCCAAUCAGCCAAUCAUAUAACAAUGGUUGCAGAUACAGGCCAAAAGUGUCAGUGAAUGUUCACAUCAAAUAUCAGAUUAGGGGAAAGGCAGGUUUUCUUUACAACCAUGAUGAGCAGAAAAGCAUCUUAGAAUGCCUUGAUGCAGAUGUUCCUAUUAAAGUGUUCAGUAAAUGUGUAAGUAGGUGUAAAUAAAUGUAACAACAUAAUCCAUCAUUUAUGUUUUCUUGCCACUGUGAAUGUUGUAUUUGGUACUUUUUACACUGUGCAUAUUUUAAUGUAUCUUGUAUAUGUGAUAAUUCCUUCUUGUUCUUUAUUGAUAUUGUUACAUUAUAGGGCUUAAGGUGAGAAAUGACAACCAUUUUCUAAAGUGAAAUGGAGGGUGUCUGAAGAUGUUAAAUGACUGAUCUGAGGGUUCUAUUAUUAAUGUCUCAGUCUGUUCCCAGUGUUUAGUGCAGUGCCAAAAGUGUGUUAGAGUCUAUGCAAGUGAUGCAAUCAUGUUGUAACUCGCAAGGUUUCAUGUUGAUCUCUCUGAUCUAACCUUGACAAAAUAGGGAAUAAAAACAUUACAAAUUCCAUCUGUUAGCCUUGAUUAAGAAUUUUUGCAGCCAUUGAUCAAGAGAUUUCAUUACUUUGCUCCAGAAUGUUCUUUAUUUUGUUCCAUUCCUUAUUAUUGCAUUGGUGCCUUUUGUAUAUUCAUUGUAUCUCCCCUUUGAAAUAAAUCUGUUUCUUCUCGGUUGUA